AUGUGUUCUUUGUUAAGAUUAGCAUGGAUUUACAAACAACGAGUGGUUUGUUGGAAUUCACCUAUUUGUAGAUAUAUUAAUUGUAAUUCAUGUGGUGUGGAAUUACAAAAUACAAAUGCUGAUAAGAGAGGAUAUUAUCUUAUUCCAAAGGAUAAGAUAAAACGUGAUUCAAUUCAAGAUAUAAAAUACUUGUUAUUUAGUCAAGAUAUACAAAAUUUUCAUGAGUUGCAUAAUCAAGGAAUAGACACAAUUGAAAAUUCCAUUACUACAGCUGCAGAUGUACGUAAUCCUUUAAAUUCCCCAUUGAUCUGCAAACGUUGCAGUGACCUUUUAUAUCAAAAUAAAUAUGAUAUAAAUGAUUUUAAAGGUGUUUCUCUUUCAAGUAUAUUACAAAAGAUACCGAGACAUAGUAGAUUAGUUUUGAUGUCACCGUUGAAUGAAUUUCCUUUCCACAUAGAUAAGAAAUUAUUGCUGGAUAAAAAUUAUAAUCCAACUUUAGUGUUAACAAAAAGUGAUCAAAUUAUAUCGAAAAAAUUCUUACUCCCUACUGUACUACCAAAAUUUUUUCAGUAUUUCUUCAAGACAAACUUAGAUAUUAAGAACUCAAUUUCUAUUGUUGGAAUCUCAACGGUGAAAAAAUGGAAUAUCGCUAACUUAUUAUCCAUGUUGGGUAAAGAAUCAUAUUUGGUUGGAAAUGCUAAUGUUGGGAAAUCUACUCUAAUCAAUUCGCUCUUAAAAGAUUAUUUUGGUUUUAAAAUGCAUUAUGAUCAAAAGGGAAAACUAACAAAACCUAAAAACGUUGAUACCAUAGUUGACCAUAAUAUCAAUUCAUUUCUCCGAUCACAACGAGCUGGUGUUUCAUAUGUACCUAAUAUGACCCAAGCAGUACAGCCUUAUCAAAUUAACAAUAAAAUUAUUUAUGAUAUGCCAGGUUAUUCGACUUUACUUCAUAGUGAUAAUAGUGAUUCUCCGGAAUGUGAUCAAAAUUUGGAGAUAUUAAUAAAUAAGUCUUGGUUGCAAAGGAUUAGGAAGACAGAGUUAACUAACUAUAAAAGAGUUAAGAAUAAACCUUAUUCUUCUUUUAGUGGAACUGAAAACGGAUCUGUAUAUACUGUUGGUGGUAUUUUUUAUUUAAAGGCACCACCAAACACUAUUAAUAAGAUAACAAAAUAUAUUCCAGGUGAACCAAAGGUAUUCAAAAAUAUUGAUAAAGCGUUAGAAGUAUUUCAAACUUGUUUGUCCAGUGAAUCAAGUUCUCCACAUCCUUUAUCUAAAUAUUGUGGGAUUUUACCAACUCUUUGUAGAAAGGACGCGUUUGUUAGACAUAUUUUACCACCUUUUCAAGGUAGUAUUGAAAUUGUUAUUAAGGAUAUUGGUUAUAUUUUAUUACGUCCCACUGGUAAAUAUAAAUAUAAUGGAGUAUAUGAGAUUUGGGUUCCAAAAGGUAUUGAUGUUUGUAUAAGAGAACCAUUAGAAAAAAUUCUUGAAUCAUAUUCUGAAUUUUUGAAUCAAAAAAAAUCAUCAAAUUAUUUUUCUAGUCAGAAAAGACCCUUAGUGUCGUCUACCUAUCCAAUGUCCUUUGAGGAAAAAGAACCACUUCAAAGAAUGAAGCAAAUGUAUAUCGAACGUACUUCACAUGAUCUAUUGAACCAGCGUUAUAUUAAGGAGGACCCAAUGACAAUUGUGUCACAUUUGCAUUCUAUUCCACCCAACUUAUAUUGGUAUUAUAAAUGGUGA